CCAGCUGCUCCGGAAAUCAUAUCGUUUCAUUUUGUGUGAUUGGCCACAAGCUGCUACCAUGGCGGACCUGGAGCCCGAAGAUGGUGUCGUCACAGGUGUUCCGCUGGAGAUCUUCGCCGAAGGCUUGCGUGCCCGGACGGAUGCCCGUCGCCUGGUGAAGGCGGAAGCCAGUGAAGAGCGGUGUGAAUAUACGAAAAUGUUGUGUGAGGGAGCCUUUCGCAGCAUGCGCGACUGCUACUUGAUGGAUUGCCGCGAGCAGACCAAGCGCUGCAAUCGCCUGAGGGACCUCAUGGAUGAAACUCAGAUUGCGUGCGAGGCAGCCUUCGCCAAGUGCCGUAAAAAGCCAGCGCCGGCGUCCAUGUGGCAGAAGAUCGCUGAGCUGCGGGGCCAAUGGUAGUCGGUCGGCGCCGUUUCCGUCGGUGCCGGCAUGGCAGACCGGCGCGGCCGAGUCGAAGAGAGGGAAACGCGCGGGAGGUGAUGGCGGAUGGAGCUACCGACUAGCAAAAAUGGAG